UGUGUGUGUGUGUGUGUGUGUAAGAGAGAGAGAGAGAGAGAAAGGGAGGGAGAGGGAGGAAAAUAAGAGCCAUCAGUACCAUCUAUCUGACUCUCAUACUACUGGAUAUUAUUAUUUUUUGGGGGGGAUCUCUUUAUUUCCUUCAUCUUAUAUUUUUUCGCUCAUAUUUAACCACAAGUUUGGUUCAGGUUUUUUUUUCUCGCCUUUGCUGGACUCUACUGUUUCUAAUCCUCCCUCCACUCAUUGCACGGGACGACAGACAUCCGCGUUUCUAUCUGCUUUCAUCUUUGCUUUUUCCUCCGGACUAAAAUUCUCCGAUCGAUCGCGGAGCCGAGCCGACCGUGAGCCGCCGCUUUAUCUCCGCGAACUCAACGGGGACUUCGCUCCGGCGCCUCAGUCAGUUCGUCCGCCUGUGCGCGUCCAUCAGCGCGGAGCUGAGUUCGUCUCACGAGAGAAGAGGUGACAGCAACUCCUGAAGGCUCCUCCGGUCUGAGAAGAUGAAUUAGACUCGGCCAACAUGGUGCCAUUUUGGAGAUAAGUCCCCCUCUUUCACUCUGUUUCUUUGCACUGUUUUCUUCAUGGGACGGGCGGAAAAGCGGAACAUCAGGUGGACAUCUUGAGCGCACACACGCACUCACCUGUCCGCGCACCUUUUGACGGCGCGCCUGUCAAUUACUAUCGCUAAUUGGAUUAUUUUGAUCUUGAAGUUACAGUCUGCAGGUCGCCCUUCUCCCCCCACCCCCCCGUUCCUCCCCUCACCUCCCCCCUCCUCCUCCCUAGAAGUUAUGUCAAGGCCUCUCACUCAGCUCUUACCGCCGGAUCUCCCUGCCGGGGCCACCAGCCCCCAGUUUGGGGCCAGCAACCCGGCUGGAAGUGGACCCCAAGGUGGACACCUGACCUCCAUGACCAACCUGAAGUCACUGCUCCAGCUGCCAAUCAAGGCCGACCAGAGAGGCACCAAGGACUGCUGCGAGAUGAAAGACAAAGACAAGCCCCUGGACUCUGAUGAAGACUCGCUGGGCGUCAAUGCUGGAGGGCCCGGCGAGGUGGGAGGGGCCCCUGGGUCCGGCGGGUUGCGGCACAACUCCCAGUCAGCCUUCCUGGGUCCGCUGCUGUGGGAGAGGACCCUGCCAUGUGACGGAGGCUUGUUCCAGCUGCAGUACAUGGACCUGGAGGAGUUCCUGACCGAGAACGGGAUGGGGAUGCACAGCAACGGGCCCAGCUCCACCCAAGCCCAGAUCCCGUCCCAGAGCUCCCAGUCAGCGGUGCCCAACCAGAGCUCCCAGUGCCCUCCAACCUCCCCUCCACCCUGCUCCUCCUCGUCCUCCUCCAUGUCCUCUUCAUCCUCCUCUUCCUCGCUGCUGGGACUGGAGACCGUCCAGCCACAACCGCCGCCGCUACCUCCGCCUCAGCAGCAGCAGCAGCAGCAGCAAGGCAUGAUGGGAGGGCCUGAGUGUCUACACGGUGGUCAGGCGGUGCCUCAGGACCAGUCACCCACUUCAACUUGCCCUCCGGGACCUCCUGGACCUCCGGCGGGGGCCAACGGCAACAGCGACAUCAUGGUGAACUUUGACCCCGACCCAGCCGACCUGGCUCUGUCCAGCGUGCCGGGCCAGGAGGCGUUCGACCCGCGGCGGCACCGCUUCUCUGAGGAGGAGCUGAAGCCCCAGCCGAUGAUCAAGAAGGCGCGCAAAAUGCUGGUCCCCAAUGAGCAGAAGGAUGAGAAGUACUGGAGCCGGCGCGUCAAGAACAACGAGGCGGCGAAGCGCUCGCGGGACGCCCGGCGGCUGAAGGAGAACCAGAUCUCCGUGCGCGCCGCCUUCCUGGAGCGGGAGAACGCCGCCCUUCGCCAGGAGGUGGCCGACAUGCGGAAGGAGCUGGGGCGCUGCAGGAACAUCAUCAACAAGUACGAGAGUCGACACGGAGACUUGUGAGGCGACGGAGGAGGAAGAAGAUGAAGGAGGAAGGGGCGGGAUGGGGAGGAGGAAAUGAGAAAAGGGUACAAGGCAACCCAACAACAGCAGCACUUUAGUUGAAGUGGCGAGGGGGAAGGCCGGCGUAGAUCUACAGUAAGCGCUGUGCGACACCGGGCGCAAACACGAAACACGUGUUAGCGUGCGCGCUGUGCUCCAGGAUGUCACGACAGGAAAGCACAGCGACGCCAUUUUUUUUUUUGACUCUCUUUGUACAUGCUGCUUCGUUGAAUCCACACAACGUACUGUAUCACCCCGUGUUACCUCGGCAGCUCCCGUCGCCCUCGGUGCUGUGCUUACGGCCGGUGUCGCACGGCGUUUUCGCAGGUAGUGCGUUCCGGCCGCCGCUCCAGCCAGUUCAAACAGGGUGUUGAAUUCACAUUAUGCCAGUGAAAUCUCACUUUUUAAGCUCAAGGCACGGAUUCAAGCCAGGAGAGGUCAGAUGUGUAAUUUUUUUCUAUAAAUAGGACAAAAAACAUGUAUAUUUUUGAACUGAGCAGGAAGGCAAGACUAGUCCAGCAAAGAGGAGGAGGAGGAGGAGGAGGAGGAAGGGGUGCAGGGUUUUCGUCCAUACCGCAAAGAGAUUUUGACAUAGGAUUAUUGUAUAUUUUUCUAUUAGCAGAGAUAGUCAGGAGGAGGAUUUUGGAGAUAAUCUUUUGUAUAUUUUAUAUAUGGGGCGGGGAGGGGCUGUAAGCUGGACAGUCACUGGGCCACAUGAAGCUUUUUCCUCCCAGCUGUUUAUCGCUAAACAACAAAUAAUCUAUUUUCGAUUUCAUGGAGCUGGUUAGUUGGAGGUGGAGGCGUAACAGAGAAUGUAUCAUGGUUGAAUCAGGUAUUUCACACGGUGCGAGGCGAGGCGAGGCGAGGCCGGGUAUCUUAGUAACGAUUGUUCGCGGCACGGAGGGCGUCAGGGGGAAGAUGGUGAAACAAAAAUUGUAUAGUUUUAGGAAAUUUUUGUGUUCGUUUUUUUCUUUGUGGGCUCGUUCAAGCACUUGAUUUGUUAUCUUCUCUUUGAUUCCGUGUCUGACUUUGAAAUAAUCGCAGGGCUCUUACUUUUGAAGGUGAAGGAGAAAGAGAGAGAGAGAGAGAGGAAAACAGGAAGUAAUUAGCCAUCAGAGCAGCUGGACGUGAGCAGAUGUUAGAAAAUAAAUAAGGUGGAGGGUUUGGCUGCCGGGUUUGCGUUCGGCUUGGUGUCUCGCUCACACACACGCAUGCUGAGACACAAUUUGAUGACGAAAACGCAACGUGGUUGCAGUCUUUCUCUCUCUAUUUACUCCUCAAUUUGUCCAGGAAGUGCAAAAAUGAAAUACUAACUGGUUUAGGGUUGAUUUGCCCAGUGACUGAAACCUUCAGCAUGCAGACACACAACAAACAAACACACGGACACACUCGGUCCUCACCCAGGUUUUAACCCUUAUCGUUGUUGUUGAUGUUGUUAUGGACUUCUAUGGUGCUGAUCUGAUCUGAUCCUUCACCUGAUGCACACACACACACACACACACUGACAAAAAUCACAGCCACACAUGCAAACACACAUAAAAACCACUUCCACCAUCUCACACACACACAGUACUGAACUGCCUAUACCCUUUCUUUGUCUUUUAUUCCUUCUUUUUAGUUUAUUUCUUCUUUCUUUUGUUGCAUAUUGUAUCGAUAAAUCGUAUAUAGAUUUACACACCAACACUUGUCUAUACCUCUCCUUCAAACUUUACCCAAUGAGAAACGAGAAAUGCACCCUACUGCUACUGUACCAUACAACUGUACUAUUGAAUAUUAAACUAUUCUCUCACUAGAUAUAUAUAUAUAUGUAUAUGAUAUAUGCUUGAAUUAUGUGAUUAUAGUUGUAAUAUGGAAUAUAUUACAAAGAAACCCAUCUGAAUCAUUUUGUCAGUUUUUUUCUCAGGUGUUUUUGUCUGAGGUAUUAAAUACACGUAUUAAAAAAACAGAAAAAGU